AUGCACGGUCCUGUGCAGCCAGUCCGCCGAACACAACAUAUUGCAAUCCUAGACUGCGAACGCAAUGUCCCAGCUGUGAGAGAAGUAUACGGUCCCUACUUCAGCGGCAUCUUCGUGUCGGUUCUAGAGAAUGCCGCCCAGCGACUUGCUCUGCUUUCUCCAGUGGAAAUCACCGGCUGGGAUGCUAUGAAGGGGCAAUUUCCCGAUCCAAGCGCUGUGGACGCCAUUAUCGUCACCGGGUCAAUGGCUGGUGCGUACGACACUUAUCCUUGGAUCAAGCCGCUCGCCGACUUCAUCAAGCUCAUCUACACAAAGUAUCCUCAUGUCCGAAUAGCAGGAGUCUGCUUCGGUCAUCAGAUCAUCUGUCAGACUUUGCUGGAACCACAUGGUGUUGUGGUCGAGAAGCACCCUGAUGGAUUUGAGUUCGGCUUGCAAACAGUGGUUCUCAAUCCCAAGCUACUUGGAUACUUCCCUGGACUUCAGAAGUACAUCUCCACAACCUCAAGCCCGGAUGGCACACGUGCUGCUCCGCAAGUACGGCUCCAGUUAGGCCAUGGGGAUCACGUUGUCCUCCCAAAACCUCCGCAAGCCCUACCAGGCCGCUGGUUGCCGGUCGGCAGCACCCAGCAUUGUCAUGUGCAAGGGCUCUACGAGCCAGGCAGGGUUCUCACCACUCAACCUCAUUGGGAAUGUGACUCGUUCAUAAUGUCAGAGUCCUUCAAAUAUUUGUUCACGCCCGAGAAGGGGUUUUCCCGUGAGGAGAUCGGCACAUGGGCGGAAAGCACCAAGGGCGAGCACGACUCUUUAGCAAUGCAAGAGUGGGUUCUGCAAUUCUUACUCGUUUUUCAGAACUUGUGA